AUGAACACAACUUGGCACCAGCUGUCCUCCCCUGGCGACUACUGGCUUCACUUCUCCGUGUACCUCUUUGCCUUCUUGGUGGGGCUCCCCCUGAACCUGCUGGCUCUGGUCAUCUUCGUGAGCAAGCUGCGACGUCAUGCAGUGGCUGUGGACGUGCUCCUGCUCAACCUGACCAUCUCGGACCUCAUCCUCCUUCUCACCCUGACUUUCCGCAUGGUGGAGGCAGCCAGUGGCAUGCGCUGGCCUCUGCCCUACUUCCUCUGCCCUGUCUCAGGAUACUUCUUCUUCGUCACCAUCUAUUUCACCUCCCUCUCUCUAGCAGCUGUGAGCAUUGAGCGCUUCCUAAGCGUAGCCCGUCCAAUCUGGUACCAGAGCCAGCCUAGGGUGAGACAGGCUGUCCUGGUCAGCUUGGCCUGCUGGCUGCUGGUUGGGAUCCACUGUAGUGUGGUCUAUAUUGUGGGAUUCUCUGGGAAUACCACCCACAGCCAAGGAAGAAAUGGCACCUGCUACAUGGAAUUUCGGAAAGACCAGCUUGCUCUUCUCCUGCCUGUCCGGUUGGAGGUAGCAGUGGUUCUUUUCGGGGUGCCCCUGGUUAUUACAAUUUAUUGCUACAGUCACCUCAUCUAUUUGCUCAGCAAGGGAUCCAGCCAUCGCCGGAAGAGGAGGGUGACAGGGUUGGUGGUGGCCACACUGCUCAACUUCAUCAUCUUCUUCGGGCCCUACAACCUGUCCCACGUUGUGGGCUUUAUCCAGGGUCGGAAUCCCCCAUGGAGAAGUUAUGUGCUCCUUCUCAGCACCCUGAACUCCUGUAUCGACCCUCUUGUCUACUACUUCUCCUCUUCUCAGUUCCAAGAGAAUGUUCACAGGCUGCUACAGAGACUGUCUGAGGCUUGCAGACCCAGGAAGCAGCCAGACUGUGCAAAGCUAAAUGAGAUGAUGGAAAAAGGGGUUACCAUUUGCACUGGUUCAACCUAG